AUGGAUGCAUAUCGAGAAUUUAUUGAUCCAUCAAAAGUGAACAACUGUGUGGGAUGCAAUUUCAUCUCAUCAACCAAGAAGAACCUUAUAGUGGGUAAAGGAUCAUUAUUACAAAUUUUUGAGACCAUUCAAUUAAAACAAUCAACUAUUAAUAAACCACAAUAUCGAUUGAAAUUAAUUGAUCAAUUCAAAUUACAAGGAACUAUUACUGAUUUAAAAUCAAUUAGAACUAUUGAAAAUCCUAAUUUGGAUUAUUUAAUGGUAUCGACAAAAUAUGCUAAAUUUUCAAUAAUUAAAUGGGAUCAUCAUUUGAAUACUAUAGCUACAGUUUCUUUACAUUAUUAUGAACAUUGUAUACAGAACUCAACGUUUGAAAAACUUGCUGUGUCGGAAUUGAUUUUAGAACCAACUUAUAAUUCAGUGAGUUGUCUUCGAUUCAAGAAUUUAUUAUGUUUUUUACCCUUUGAAGUUAUAGAAGAUGACGAAGAUGAGGAAGAAGAAGAAGAAGAAGACGAAGAGGAUGAAGAUGAAGGUGAAGAAAAUAUCGAUGACACUAAAGAAAAGAAAGACAAAAAACAAUCCAAAACUGAUACAAUAGAAGAAGAUAAAAAUAGUACCACCACUAAUCAAGAGCCCCGUUUAUUUUAUGAUUCCAGUUUUAUAAUUGAUGCAACUACUUUAGAUUCGUCAAUAGAUACCGUUGUUGAUAUGCAGUUUUUACAUAAUUAUCGUGAACCAACAAUAGCAGUAUUAUCUCUGAAACAAGAAGUUUGGGCAGGAAAUUUGAUCAAAUCUAAAGACAAUAUUCAAUUCCAAGUAUUAACUUUAGAUUUGAAUUUGAAAUCUACAAUUUCGGUAUUUAAAAUUGACAAUUUACCUUAUGAAAUUGAUAGAAUUAUCCCUUUACCAAGUCCAUUAAAUGGUACAUUAUUAGUUGGUUGUAAUGAAUUGAUACAUGUUGAUAAUGGUGGGGUGUUGAAACGUAUCGCUGUUAAUAAAUUCACUCGUUUAAUAACUGCUUCAUUUAAAAGUUUCCAAGAUCAAUCUGAUUUGAAUUUGAAAUUAGAAAAUUGUUCCGUAGUACCUAUCCCUGAUGAUCAUCGAGUCUUGUUGAUUUUACAAACGGGAGAGUUUUAUUUUAUUAAUUUUGAAUUAGAUGGGAAAUCAAUUAAAAGAAUUCAUAUCGAUAAUGUUGAUAAAAAAACCUAUGAUAAAAUACAAUUGAAUCAUCCUGGUGAAGUUGCCAUAUUGGAUAAAAACAUGUUAUUCAUUGCUAAUUCCAAUGGCAAUAGUCCUUUAAUACAAGUCAGAUACCGUGAUUCACUGAAAACACUGGAUACAAAGGAAUCUAAAUUGAAUAAAAUUGAAGAAAAAGAAGAUAACAAAGAUGAUGACGAUAAUGAUGACGACGACGAAGAUGACUUGUAUAAAGAGGAAGAAGAAGAAGAAACUCAAAAAACCAUAAGUAAAUCUCAUAUUGAGUUUUUAUAUCAUGAUGAAUUGAUUAACAAUGGUCCAUCAUCUACUUUCACAUUAGGAAUAUGCUCAAAAGAGAAAUUUAAAUGUAAUUUACCUAAUCCAAACUAUAAUGAGGUUUCUAUUUUGAGUAAUGCUGGAACAGAUUCACAAACCAAAUUGAAUAUAAUCACCCCAACGAUCCAACCAUCAAUCUCCUCAUCAUUAACAUUCUCUCAAGUUAACCGAAUGUGGAAUUUAAAUCAAAAAUAUUUAAUCACUUCAGAUGAUGUCAAUUAUAAAUCGGAAAUUUUUCAAAUUGAAAAAUCUUAUGCGAGAAUGAAAUCAAAGCAUUUUAUUAAUAAUGAAUUAACCAUUAAUAUGCAUGAAUUAAAUAACGGUAAAUUUAUUUUACAAGUGACACCUAAACAAAUUGUCUUGUAUGAUAAUAAAUUCAAAAAGAGAUUCACUUUAAAUGACGAAAUUAAAGACGAUGAAAUUUUGAGUAGUAUUUUGAGAGAUGAAUUUUUAAUGAUUUUCUUAGCUAGUGGUGAUGUCAUGAUUUUUGUCAUUAAUACUUAUAAUGAAUCAUACGAUAAAAUAGAAAUUCCAAAAUUAUUAGACGAUACAAUUAUCACCACUGGGUAUAUCACUAAUUCUUAUUUAUUGAGUGCAGUUUCUAAAAACGUUAAUUUGUUAUUAGAUAAUAAUACCAGCAGCAAUAAGAGAAAGAGAAAACAUAGUGCAUUAAGUAAUUCUGAAGGAAGCAAGAAGAAUACUGGAAAAUCACAACCCUCAACGGCUGCACCACCUCCACCACCAAAAGUAAAUAAAGUAAAGACAUUUGUUUUAGUCACUGGUGAUAAUCGUAUUGUUGCAUUUAAUAGAUUUCAUGGAGAAAAAUGUUAUCAAUUAAAUCAUGUUGAUAAGUUUACUGAAAAUCUUUCCCUUGGAUUUUUUGAUCCAAAUCAACUGACAGUUGAUCCAUUUAUCAAACAAAUCAUGUUGAAUGAAUUGGGUGAUAAAUUUGAUACUAAAGAUGAAUAUCUUACUAUUUUGACUAUUGGUGGUGAAAUAUACAUGUAUAAACUUUAUUUUGAUGGAGAAAAUUAUUUUUUCAAAAAGGAAAAAGAUUUAACUAUUACUGGUGCUCCAGAUAAUGCAUUCCCCUAUGGUACUUCUAUUGAAAGACGUUUAGUAUAUUUCCCAAAUUUAAAUGGAUUUACCAGUAUUUUUGUAACAGGAGUAAUUCCUUAUUUAAUUUUGAAAACUGUUCAUUCAAUUCCAAGAAUUUUCCAAUUUUCGAAAAUAGCUGCCAUGUCAAUUUCAGCAUUUUCCGAUUCCAAAAUUAAAAAUGGAUUGAUUUUUUUGGAUAAUCAACAAAAUGCACGUAUUUGUGAAUUACCAUUAGAUUUUAAUUAUGAAUUCAAUUUACCAAUGAAACAUGUGGAUAUUGGAGAACUGAUCAAAUCAAUAGCAUAUCAUGAGACUUCUGAUACAGUUGUAUUAUCAACGUUUAAACAAAUUCCUUAUGAUUGUCUUGAUGAAGAAGGGAAACCAAUUGCUGGUAUCAUCAAAGAUAUAAAAGACACACCUGCCAUGUCAUUUAAAGGUUCAAUUAAAUUAGUAUCACCUUAUAAUUGGACCGUCAUUGAAACUAUUGAAUUGGAAGAUAAUGAAGUUGGUAUGACUUUAAAAUCCAUGAUUCUUGAUGUUGGAUCAGAAUCAGGGUCAACCCUUGGUUCCGAUCCCAAUUCAUUGAUCAAAAAAUACAAUAAGAAGAAACGAGAAUAUAUUGUUAUUGGAAUUGGGAAAUAUCGUAUGGAAGAUCUUGCUGCUAAUGGGAUUUUUAAAAUAUAUGAAAUCAUUGAUAUUAUCCCAGAACCAGGUAAACCAGAGACCAAUCAUAAAUUUAAAGAAAUUUUCAAAGAAGAAACUCGUGGAGCCAUAACUAGUAUUUGUGAAUUGAGUGGAAGAUUUUUAGUAUCACAAGGUCAAAAAGUGAUUGUUAGGGAUUUACAAGAUGAUGGUACAGUUCCAGUAGCAUUUUUGGAUACACCUGUAUAUGUUUCUGAAUCGAAAAGUUUUGGGAAUUUGUUAAUUUUGGGAGAUCCAUUAAAAGGAUGUUGGUUAGUUGGAUUUGAUGCUGAACCAUUUAGAAUGAUUAUGUUGGGUAAAGAUACUCAACAUAUUUCAGUAGAAUGUGCCGAUUUCAUUAUUAAUGAUGAUGAAAUAUUUGUGUUGGUUGCUGAUAAUAAUAAUGUACUUCAUUUAUUGAAUUAUGAUCCUGAUGAUCCUCAAUCAAUUAAUGGUACCAAAUUAUUAACCAAGGCAUCAUUUGAAUUGAAUUCAACAAUAUCAUGUUUAAGAUCAUUACCAUUGAUUGAUAUUGAAGAAAGUGUCCAAACAGAUGCACUUACUAACAUUGCUGUUCCUCCUCCUCUUCCUCCUAAUACCACUUCAAAUUAUUUCCAAGUGAUUGGAUCUACACAAGAUGGAUCAUUUUUCAAUGUAUUCCCCAUUAAUGAAGCAGCAUAUCGAAGAAUGUAUAUUUUGCAACAACAAUUAAUUGAUAAAGAGUUUCAUUAUUGUGGAUUAAAUCCUAGACUUAAUCGAAUUGGUAGUAUUAAAUUACAAAAUAAUGAAACUAAUACUAAACCAAUAUUAGAUUAUGAUUUAAUUAGAAGAUUUACAAAAUUGAGUGAUGAUAGGAAACGAAAUUUGGCUAAUAAAGUCAGUGGUAAAGGUAUUUAUCAGGAUAUUUGGAAAGAUAUUAUAAGAUUUGAACAUACAUUAAAUGAUCUAUAG